ACUCAUCCCUUGACAAAUAUUUAGGACGAAUUGUGUUGUGUGAAGUUGAGGCACACACUAGAUUUUCUUUGGUUGCAGGGAAGUCUUCGCAAUGGUAUUCGUUUUAGUUGUCAGGCUGAGAUCAGCCCAUAGGAGAAAGUGCAGGCAGAGCAGCAAGUAGACCUUUGUGAUUGAGUUGUAUAUAAACUAGCUGAGAGCAGAAUAGAGAGAUGUGAGUGUAAUGCUUUUUCAGUUUUUCCAUAAAAGAAAAAAGAUUUUUAACAAUAUUUAACUAUCUGGAACCUUUUAUACCUAUAGAUUUUUUUUUUUUUUUACUGCUGCACAGCAAAUUAUACUUUUUGGAGGAGAAGAAGUGGAUCGGAGAAGGACUACGAAAAAAAGACCUUAACACAAACGUCAUUUACUUCCGCACAGCAAUUGUACUCUACAGCCAUGCUGAAAAAUAUACGAAUAUUUUCAAUUUUUUUGAUGAUCGCAGCUUUGGGCUAUAUCAGUAGGACUACUUUUAAGGUUAAAGCCUAUUAUAUCUGGGAGUUCUUCAUUUCUAACAACUCGGCAUUAGUAACCAUGGACAAUGCUUUUAGUGCAAACACAAUUCUACGAGAAGGAAAUGGAAUCUUAUUUAUGGAGACCACGGACAGAAUGGAUCCACCAUCUCUGGUACUUUGUGCCAUUGAAUCAGCCGCACGAGUCUACCCUGACCGACCGGUGGUCUUCUUCAUGAAAGGACUGGAGAACAUUACCACAGAAGAAGAUGAGAAGAGAGCAAAGCAACAAUUUCCAACCCUGUCAUCUUAUAACAAUGUUUACCUCUUCCCUCUUAGAAUGGAUCAAUUAUUUAAUAACACACCUCUUAAGCCGUGGUUUGAUAAGGUGAACCCUAAAACAGAAGUCUACUGGACCCAUGUGAGCUCAGAUGCCUGUAGGUUUGCAAUGAUGUGGAAAUACGGUGGAAUUUACAUGGAUGCUGAUGUUAUCUCACUUCGUCCAAUACCCCAGGACCAUUUCCUAGCAGCCGAACAUUUCACAAGUACUAGCAGUAGUGUUUUUGGCCUCUCCUCACAUUACCAGUUGACAUGGCAGUUUAUGGUGAACUUUGUUGAGAACUACAGGGGAGAAAUAUGGGGACACCAAGGGCCGGGGGUUUUCACUCGUGUGGUUAAGAAAUUGUGUGGCAUGCCCGUAUUUAACUCUACGAAUGAUGUCAUGUGUGGAAACAUCAGUUAUUUUCAUCCUCAACGUUUCUACCCCAUCCAUUAUCCAUCAUGGAGAAGGUAUUUUGACGUCUGGAAGAAUUUGCCAACUUUUAAUGACUCCUAUGCCUUACAUCUUUGGAAUUAUAUGAAUAAAGAAGGUAAAUCUAUGGUACCUGGAAGUAACACAUUGGUGGAACAUCUCUACCAGAAACAGUGUCCUACCACCUAUGGAUAUAUCUUAAGAAAUGAGAAAACUCACAUUUAACCACUUGUCGACCAGCCGCUGUCAUUAUACUGCGGCAGGUCAGCUCGUUCCCGCCAAUAAGUUGUAGCUGUAUGUCGGCCCUGUUAAACAGCUAUAGCAGGCGCGCGCCCACUGCACGGUGGGGUUCUGAUGCAUGUGGCCACAGAGAGGCAGAAUGGGGAUCUGUGUAUGUAAACAAACAGAUCCCUGUUCUGUCAGGGGAUUAGAGAGUGAUCAUCUGUUCCUUGUGAUUAGGAACAAUGGGCCAGAUUCAGGUACAAUUGCGGCGGCGCAACGUAACCCGUUUACGUUACACC